AUGCCGCCGAAGCCAUCAGCUAAAGGAGCAAAGAAAGCAGCGAAGUCUCAUAAGCCGCGUAGCGGUGAUAAGAAACGACGGAGUCGACGAAAGGAGUCUUACUCAGCAUACAUCUAUCGGGUCCUGAAGCAGGUACAUCCUGAUACGGGCAUCUCAUCGAAGGCUAUGUCGAUUAUGAACUCAUUCGUAAACGACGUCUUCGAACGUAUUGCUGCGGAAGCUAGUCGCUUGGCUCAUUACAAUAAGCGUUCAACGAUCUCAUCCCGUGAAAUUCAGACAGCUGUUCGACUUAUUCUCCCAGGUGAAUUGGCUAAGCAUGCUGUUUCAGAAGGUACGAAGGCAGUUACGAAGUACACUAGCUCGAAGUGA